CUAGAUUAUUUAUCCGAGUUAAGACGUGUAACAAUAUCAUUUAUUCAUUUGGACAUAAGUGACGAUAAUCAAACAGAUUUAUGUUCAAAAGUUCAAAGUGUAUUCAUUAAAAUAUAUGAAUCGACAAAGACGAAAGGAGGUGUACUCACUAAAGCACUUGCCUUCGAUAAGGGUUGGAGUUUUUUAUGUGUAUUUGGACUACCUGGUUACAAAAGUAAUGAUGAUUCAGCGAAGGCACUCAGAUGCGCUUAUGAAAUUCACAGCGAACUAAAACAAUCAGAAAAAUAUCCAUUUGUAAAAAAAUGUUCUAUUGGCGUAAGAAGUGAUUAGUAUGAAUAGUUUAACAUUCUGAAUAGAGAGGCGAAUAACAGACGGUAUUAAAAUAUUCAUUUAUCUCUUUUGUUUUCUCUUUUUUUGAGGUAGGUGACAACUGGAUUAACAUAUUGUGGUAUUGUUGGUCAUAUUGAACGAUGUGAAUAUACUGUUAUUGGUCGUAAAGUUAAUAUGGCUGCACGUUUAAUGUGUAAUUAUCCAGAUGUUGUUAGCUGUGAUAAUGAAACAUACUAUAAUUCAAGAUUAAAUUCAAAACAUUUUCAAUCACUUCCCGAUAAACAACUCAAAGGCAUGACGAAUGUUGGUGUCAUAUGGCAGUACGAUGAUUGUAAUGAAAUACAUCGACGAGAAGUUGCUUAUGCUGAUAAUUAUCAUGGAUAUUGUUAUCCAUUGUUAGGGCGAAAAAUUGAAUUAAUGAUUGUUGCAGCACAAAUUAGUUUACUAGAUGAAUCAGUAUCAUUCAAAGUUGACAACAAACAUCGUUUGUUAUCAGCAAUUUUAUUUGAAGGUGAUGAUGGAGUUGGUAGAACGCGCUUUUUAGGAUACUUGGCGGAUGUAUUUGAGAAUAUAAAUAAGGGACAUUUGUGUUCGAAUCAGUGUCAGCAUCAUACAUCAAAAAAUUCAAAUGCCGAUCAAGCACAAAUUUUAAAUGAUGGUGGCAUUAAUCUAUCAUCGCCUAGUUGUUCAUCCUGUUCAGGCAACGUCCGAGUUACUCGAGUCAUACACCACCGUGUUAAUUUUGAACAACGUUAUUCGGAAUAUUCAUUGUUACGAAAUAUACUAAGAGAUUUAUUACAGUUUAAUACCAGAACACUUCAUGAAAAAGAACAUUUAUUACUAAAAUUAUUUGAUACAAAUAAUUCAGCUGAACUUCUAUUAAGAAAAUAUUUAUUUUUGCUCAAUGAUCUGCUCGAUGUGAGAUUUCAGCAACAUAUGGAUGUGACAACAAUUACAGACGAUAAUGAUAAAACAUCAGCACAAAAUUUUAUGCGGUCGUGCGAAGAACGUAUUGAUGAACUGUUGCGGCACAUUCUGAAUAAACUAAUCGAUUCCUCUUCAACUAAUGAAAAUUCUACCACAUCCUCUGUUUCUUCAACAUCGGAUUUAUCUAGACAGCAGAAACAGAAGCAAACUUCGUCAGCUCCAUCUCCACCAGUUUCUGUAGUAUCAAAAGUUUUGUUUAUUAUUGAUGAUGUGCACUUCGCUGACGAAAGUUCGCUAAAACAUUUAUUAACAUUAGGAAGUCACGAUAAAUCGCUGGUCAUUAUGUCAACGAAACCAUUACGGAAUACAGAUCAAACAGUAAAAACAUUGGGAUCUAUCAUAACAGAUUCUCGUGUUUAUCGUCGAAAACUAACGUGUUUAGAUAAUCAAUAUUUAACAACAUUAGGAUGUCAAAUACUUCAUGUACAUCGACUACCAAUAAAAUUAUCUAAAUUAUUAAGUGACCGUUGUAAUGGUAUACCAGGUUUGUGUGAACAAAUGUUAUAUGAUCUUACUCGUAACGAUAAAAUAUAUAUUGUCGAUAAAAAUGAAGAAAAAAAAAUUGAAGAACAAGAUAACGAAUUAGUAGAUGGUGAUCCACAACUAUUAAUACCAUCGAAACAAAGUGGAUUAUUGAAAAACAUAUUUCAUCAUGAUCAGACAUCAUUAUCAACAACAACGAAUAAUUCAAAUAAAAAAUUAGCAGUUAGAAUUAGCGAUACAAACAAUACAAAAAUGGACUGUCUACAACGUGUAUGUUUAGUGAAAAAUAAUGAAACUUUGGACAUUGAUUUACAACAAAAUUUUCAAGAUUAUAUUCUCUGUCGCAUCGAUCGUUUAUCCGAAGGUGAAAGUUUAUUAGUUAAAAUUGCAUCUGUUGUUGGUAUUACGUUCUCCCGAAAUUUUUUAUUAUCUUUACUUGAUACGAGUGCAAAACAAUCGAUGAACAUCAAUGAAUGUUUGGUUGAAAUGAUGCAACGUUCAAUUAUCGAGUGUGCAAUGAGACGAGAAGCAACAAGUUUACGACGUAGACCUCAAGAACAACAGUCGUCCAAUAAUCUGACAGUCUGUGAGAGUCGUCAAAUAAAAUGUUAUUGUCGGAAUAAUGCAUCCGGUAUGGCAUUUAUGUGUAAACUGAUGUCAUUUACACAUCCGACAAUUCGUGAUGUCAUUUAUAAUACAUUAACAGAAAUCACAAAACAAAUGUUACAUCAAAAGGUAGUAUCUUAUCUCGAAGAAUGUAAUCCAUUGUGUCAUUCAUGUGGUGGUACUGAGCCACCGUUCUUAAUUCAUUAUGAAUUAGAACAAGUUUCACAACAAAAUCACCAAUCAUUCGUCAAUAUUACACUAAUGGCACUGAAAAAAAUUGAUAAUGAUAUUAAACAACAAGUGAGACAACGUGCAGUGAGUGAACCACAUAAAAGUACGAUAUGCUCCACAUCACAUUUAAAAACUACUUUUGCACCAUCAUCAUCAAUGUUUUAUUCAAAUGAAAUCAAUUCAAAAUUUAAUCAAAGAUCUGUUAGUGAUCCACCAAUACCUAAUUUAGACAAUAAAUCGAGUAGUUCAGAUAAUAAAACGCCAAUAAACUUGGANAAAGAAAUAGCACCACCAGCAACAAAUUCCAUAAACGAAAAUGAAAUAAAACCAUUAGAAAAUAGGGAAAAUACUAAUAGUGAUCGAAAAAUCCAAAAGAAGAAACGUGAAGACAAUGAAUAUACAAACGGGAUGAUAAAAUCAAAAAAAACAACUAACAAACGCAAAGAUCGGGGUCUAAUACUUCGAUUUCUUUGUUGUACUUUAAUGUCAACUUCAUCUAUACACGAUAAUAACUCCAACAAUGAAGAUGAUCAAAAUACAACUAAUGUAGUCUCAAAACCAAUAACUGUUAAAGAGCCUGUGGCCAAAGAAGAGCAAAUAAACGAUGCAGACAAAACGGACAACAAAGAACAAUUAACUACAGACGAAAAUAAGAAAGUAUCUAAAUGGAAACAUGUACGUGAAUCUUUAUGUCAAUUGGCAAAAACUUAUCGUGCUGAAAAUAGUAUGAAAAAUUUCAAUAAUGAAGAUUUAUUUAACAAUAUUAAACAAAAGUUACAAGCCCAUUUUCAACUAUUAGAACAGAAACAACAGUCAAUUUCGUCAACAUUUCUACAACUAUACGAAGAAUCGAACACAUUUCUUACAUUUGAAUCAUAUGAACGUUAUAAACUUUUGACAAUUCAUGCAUAUCAUAAUGAAACAUCAACGAAUGCUCAAUCACAAGAAAAUUUAGAACAUAGUGAACAACAUAAAAUAUUAUCAAAAAUAAAAGAUUGUAAUUUUACAGAAUUAUUAAAGUAUUUUAAACAUCCUGAUCUUCAUUGGCCAGAUCUAAGUGCAUGUCAAUGUGAUGAUCUAGUAUUAACUGUUUAUAUUCAUCUUGUUGAUCAUUGUUUCAUAUUGAAUAGAAUUGAAGAAGUUUUAUAUUAUAAAAUAAAAAUAUGUAAACUAUUAUUAAAAUGUAAUUGUUUACAACGAGUAUUAAUUGAGAUUGAAAAUGGACGAAAAUUAGCCAAUGAACAUGUUUAUUAUUAUCUCUAUUUUGAUUUAUUAGAAGCAACAGUUUUAUAUCGAACACGUUGUAUUGCUAAUGCAAGAAAAUUAAUUGAUAAUGGUUUAAAUAGUUUAAAUCAACUUCAUAAAGAAGUUGAAGAAAAAUUACAAAAAGAACAAGAAAAAAAGAGAAGAAAAUUUUCUAUGCAACCAAAUCAAACAGAUACGAUUGCUUUUAAUGUAUUAUCACGUAAAAUAUCAUUAUCAAAAGCUGACCAACAAUCGCUGGAUUUAGAUGAACAAACUCAACGAUUCAACCAUCAAUUACUCCCGAAACGUUCCUCGAUUGUUCAAUUACUGGCCAACCAUGAAUCUAUAUAUAAUGUUUAUUCAUUUGAAUAUUUAAAAUGUCAAUUUUAUGUAUUACAAUAUAAAAUUGGAAAAAGAAUAGAUAAUCAAACACUUAUAGAUGAAUCAAUUCAAACAAUUUUAAAAUAUCCCUAUUAUAAAUAUCCAUUUUCAUUUUCUUGUUCAUGUACAAUUUUAUUAAUUGAUUAUUACUAUGAACAUUAUGAAUAUCAAAUAUGUUUAAAUUUAAUUAAUCAAUUUAUAAAAUAUUGGUGGUUAAUUAGUGGAUCAAGUGAAAAAUUAGAAUUUGCUAAAUUAAUCACACUAUCAUUAAUAAUUCAAUUAAAUCAAAAUAAUGUUGGACGUUCGAUUCAUUGUGGUUAUUUUUCUACAGACGUAUUAAGUCGUUUUCAUGAAAAUAUAUUUUUGGUUGAAACAUUAAUUCAAUUAACCUAUUCACUUUUGUAUAAAAUGGGCUUAUCUAGUAUUGAAAAGAUUCUGGAUAAUCUUGACGAUAUUAGUAAUCAAACAUCUAAUUAUUAUACAAAAUUAUGGUAUUAUAUACUUGUUAUUGAUGUAGCUGUUGAAUUUGGAUAUGAAAUUCUACCAAUUAAUUUAAAAUUUUUAAAUUUAUUAUCAAAUUAUCGAAAAAAAUUAACAGACAAUAGUAAACAAUUAUUCUAUGUUGAUUGUUCACUAGCUCAAAUAUAUUCAAGAAUAAAAGAAUUUAAAUUAUCUACAAAACAUUUUAAUAAUGCAUUAACUAUGUUCUCAUAUACAAAAUUAUCAAUGAAUGAUUUUAGUGUUCAACGAGCUCUUUUCAAAUUAGCUGAAGUACAAUUGUUAAACUGGUGGUAUCAAGUUAAAUAUAAACACUAUACAGACAUUGUAUCGGUGACAAAAGAACAUUUUCUCUAUACGUACAUUAAAAAUUUAUUACCAAAAGAAUCAAAACUAUUAUUAUCAAGAUAUUAUAUUUAUGAUGCCUAUUAUUCUCGAUUAGUAGAAACAUAUCAACAAUCUUUGUUAACAUCAUUACCAACUAAUAAACAAAAUGAUACAUGGAUAAUGAGUAUACAACAAGCAAAAGAUUAUGCUGGAAAAUAUUCAAUUAAACUAGAUUGUGAAUGGAUUAAUCAAUUGAAUACACAAUGGUCGAAUAAAGUAUCAGAAACAAAAUCCAUAACAAAAAAAAAAAUUGCUUCAUCUGAUGCUAAUGCACCUUCUAUGAUAACAAAAUAUUUGCCUAGAAAAUCAAUACCAUCUGAAAAUCAGUUGAAUGUACCACAAUACAUUGAUAAAAUAAUGUUUUAUAAUGAUGAUGUAGGGAAGCAAAAGUUUAUCGAUCAGCGUCUUUAUAAUUCAAAAAACAGUGGUCAAUUUCUUCUUUAUAUGUUACCCGUGAUUGUAUAA